AUGUCUACCACAGAUCGACUCACCACACUGCGGACAAGCAUCACAACUGCCGUCAACUCGUUUUUCAGCGUCUCUUUUAGUUUCGUGUCCUCUCGCAAAGGAAUCCAAGGCCAGGUCGAACCAGCACAUGAACCGGCUCUGCCUCAAACACCACCACCGAAAUGGUGGCAGCGAAUGUCAUACACUCCAGAAAGCGACAUCUCUCCACGAAUGUCUCCUCACCUCUUCAAACCUCCACCAUCACCAGAACCUCCAAGGUGCCCAGCUCAAGUCCAAGCCGAUCUUCGAAAAUACACCCCCGAGGGAGCGAAGUGCGCAGGAGACAUGGACCUCUUUGAAGACGUCUUCCAGACUCCAGAAGCGGAAUUCCAAGCCGGCGCACCUUUCCAACUCAGUUGUCCUCCUCCUGCACCGAUUUCAUGGCGGAGUUUUAUCGCUUCGAAGGUUCAGCCGCCUCCAACGCCGAGAAUGGAAAUUCGUAAGGCUACCGUGGCUACGCACAAGCGGAAGCGCGUUGAUGUGCUUGUUUGGAACAAGAGAGGGCAAGGCAACCGUCGUGGCGAAGACGAUGAGCCGGCGCGGAAGAAGGCGAGGGUAGCAGCGUUUGCAUUACACGAGAUCUUGCACAUCUUUACAAUACAACGCACGUCCGACAAAGAAGUUCUCUCCAAGCCCCUGCGUUGUUCCAUUGUUCGCCGGCCCUUUGUCAGAACAAAGAACAACGAAGUUAUUCCUGGCUUCGCGGAACGUCACAAGCCAAAGGCGCUGUACUUGAACCACCAGCAGAAGCACCUCGUAUACUCCGCGCCAUAUUCAUUCGCUCUCUCUUCUACUCCUUCAGCUUUCUCAGAGGCGCUGAUCGCCAUUGAAAGCGUGUUCAUUCCAGCUGGUUCUGAAGCGCUAUGCCAAGAGCAUGUCGAGGCGACGUGCAUAACGUGCCAAAACAAACACGGAUUCCCGAUCGAAAUCGAUAUCUACGGCAAUCCGAGACCGUUGCAAUGGUCAAUCAGAGCGGAUACUUCUGCUGUCCCUCAGGAUCUCGAAGAAACCCACCCCGCUUGCCAAUUUCAUGGUUUGGAACUGUCUACGCCUACCUUCCGCACGAAUGCUAUCUACUCCACAUCGUGCGGCGAUGAUGGCCAUGUGCAUCAACUGGACUACACCGGCAUGAUCAAAGCAGUCCUCCAACACGCCCAUCGAGUUCUAGGCACACUAUCCUCUCAAAAUGCGCCUCAUCACUGGCUCUACGCUCCCGCACAUUGUCGAAUGGGAGUCCGCAUCGGCAACGAUGGCAUUGGUUUCCUCGACUCCACAUACGAGAGAGUCGAACACCUAACCCGAGUCUGUGCUCGCCAAAUCGACAUGCUACACAUGGGCCAGAGCCAUACAACAGCCCCAGCUCCAGCAAACUCCGCCUCUUCAACCAUCGACUUCACCCAGUCUCCAUCAACUCUCGACUCAUCGCAAGCCUUAGCCUGGACCGACGUCUGUCUUUCGACGCUCCGAACCUGUGCCGAUGCCGAACACACAUCUUUCACGCAGGACCUCUCCUCACACGGUCGAUUUGGUUCUCCCACGUUCGCGACAUCGGAUUUCCUCCAAGCUCUCGGAACUUCUGCCGCAUCCCGACGUUUCUAUGAGUCUUUAAUCGCAAGCACCCAGAAAAAAUGCGAAGAAAUGCUAGCGACUGCGAUGGGAGCUAUGGCUUCGGGGAGUAAGAUUGCAGAGCUUGCAUUGGAACGGGCUAACCGAGAGCUGAAGAUUGCUGACUCGGAUGCUGUGCUCGCUACGAUCAAAGUGAAGCUUUUGGCGGGACUAUAG